ACUUGCAUUACUCUAGCAAACGAGUAGGGUUGUCACUAGUUACCACAGCCACAAAGUCGUGUAUUGUAAAAAAUUAUGAUGAAUUGUUUAAUGAAAACAAAUUUGCAUUAGUCUUAAGGUUAGGCAUAAUGUUAGCAGUGUGGUUAAGGUUAGGUUUUAAAUUAGAUUAAGAAAUUGUAGAAAUAGGCGGGGUUUAGUCAUAAUUAUGACUGGCUGUGGUAACUAGUGACGACCAGUGAGUAGUUAAUCUGUUUUCAAUUCAGUUGUAAAAUUGUCUGAAACAGUCAAGUUUUGCAAAGGAAAUGUAUUGAAUUUGAAAGUAUUGUUCUGCUGAGAUGUCGACUUUAAAUGUAUAACCUUGAAAAACGGGAGGAAGAGUGCGUGAACUUAAUUUAGAACCAGAUUGUUGGGUAUGGAUGGGUAGGGAGAGGGACGAAUGUGGAGGACAGCCUUCGAGAGAGUACAACCCACUGACAGCUAUGGCUGAGAUCACUGUGCCUGACUCAAGACGAUGCAUUAACUUCUUCCUGUAUGAUGGGUCAAAGGUAAAGGGUGAGGGUGACCCUACAAGAGCUGGAAUCUGCUACUUCUAUCCUGAAGAGACACCUCUGGAUAAGCAGGAGCUGUUGUGUGGACAGCUGGCAGGCGUGAGCCGCUGUGUCUCUGAGCUCUCCUCCUCCCCUGUACGUCUGCUCAGGCUGCAGCGGAGCAAGUUCGCCAUCCGCAUGAAAGACAACUUUUUGUGGGCCUUAAGCUGUUCAGUGGAAAUACCAGACAUCAGUAUCAGUGACUUCCUGGAUCAGCUGAUAAAUCACUUUAGUUUUUAUAACGGCCCUAUUCGCCAGAGUUACCAGAUCUACAGUCAGCAAGAUUUAGCAGUUCGAUGGGCACAGUACCUCUACCACUUACAAGGAGGCUCCACUGAACUCCAUCACAUCUUCAGUUGCGUGAGCACCAUUGACUCUACACAUAUUGACCCACUUCUUCUACUCAAGGCUGCCCUCAUUCUGCAGGCCUGUCAGCGCUGCCCUCUAGUGUUAGCUGGUGGUAUACUCUAUCGUGGGAGGGUUGUCAGCACACAGAUGCCCCCUGAUCUCACAGUGAAAGUCAUGGUUCAUGAAACUGAAACAUUCAACCAGGACCAGAGACCCAAUGGACUGAGUUCCUCCAGCUCUUCUGGUAGCACUCCUCUAUUUAGCGCAGUGACCACCACUGUGUUCCUGACCACCACUGAAGUACAGUAUCUGCGCUCCUCUCCUGUGGACAGAGCAUCCAGAUCCCAUUCUACCCAAUAUACUCCAAAGGAGGUAAAGCGGCCCAGGAAGUCCCGCCUCCUGUCAAGAACCCUAUCUGACACACCGACAACUAAUCCGCCUGACCCUGACCCCACCCACUACCCUCCACUAUCCCUCCACUAUCCCGCCACUCCCCAGUCAUCCAUAUCUGAUGAGUUGCUAUUUAGCCCAAGUCCUUCAUUUCACACUCCUGGCCCUCUCAGCCCCUCACCUAUCAAGAUCGCUCCAGAGACCUCUCAUCAUACCUUGUCCAAUGGAAAGCUGUCCCAUGAGGUGGAAGAGGGUGUCACAGGAGGUUCGUACGACCCCAGUAUUAACAACAUAAAGGGUGGGAGCAAUGAGUCAGGUCUUGCAGGAGGAGGCAAGUCAAUGCAAAACAACGACACACGUCACGUCAAUGGACAGAAUGGAGGUAGUAUUGCACUGGGUGGAGAGAAGGCUGCAGCCCACAGGUUCAGCGGUCAGGAGUCCCGAGCGCCUGGCAGUCAGAGGAUGGGGAAUGUGGUAGAUAAGGUGUUUAGGGAGAAGGCACGACAGGGGAGUAAAGUCCAGCAGGCUGACACUGGUGGCUUGCCCCCCACCUCGCCCUGUGAGAACUCUACAGAUGCCCCCCUGCUCCCCAUGGCACUGUACCAGCACAGGGUGAGAGAGCUGGUACUGGCCCUACUGGUGGAGCCACAAUUCCACAGCGACACUACAGCCACAGAGGAAGUGUAUCUCAGAAGCCUGGCAUCUCUGAAUGGACUGGAGGCACAUCUGAGGACCACUGCUCCGGGGGCCUCUGGCCCUCAGGGACACUACACUUUUGCACACUUUGACUGUAUACAGAACACACUCACAAGCAACCUGUCUGGCAGGCCAGGGGGAGCCCAGGACCGUUCUUUUGUGAGAGCCACAUCGCUGCUCCACUCGCAUUUCUCUCACACUGAAGCUCUGCAGGAGGCUAUUGUCAGGAGUGCGGGUGCAGCUGUGUACGGGACCCGCAGUGUGGCCCAGGAGACGUACUUCCUGCAGCAAGGCGGAGCGGUGAGAAACUCUGGCAUCCCCAACCACCAGGACAGUGCUUUCUCUCUGCCUAGCAAGGCCCGACACAGGUUACAGAAACACAGGGUUAACCUGCUCUGACUGAUCGUGGCAAGGAGAGUUCCACCAGAACCACUGUCUACUCAGUCACUUCUCUGAAUAUGGUUCUCUCUAAAUGAAUUUCAAACAAGAACUUACACUGAACAUUUUUCUAAGAUAAACACACUGUGUAAAGAAUUAUAGGAACUUAAACUAUUUACAAGAACUGUGGUCAAGUCCUACACUGUGUUGUAUUAAUAUGCAGAGGACCAUGAUCUCUGUCAACACUGCAAAUACAUUUUGCACAAUAUAUAAUGAAAUUCCAAACCAACACAUCACAUAAAAUAUGAAAAAUUUAUGCACUCACUAACUGUAAGUCGAUCUGGAUAAGAGCGUCUGCUAAAUGACUAAAAUGUAAAUAUGAGCUUAUACAGAUGUUGCGUAACAAUUCUCAAUGUACAAACAUCAUGAAGACAUCAUGGCUGCUGGGUUUCCUAAUCACUGUAAUCCUUUUCAUUUGGAUAAAGAAAAUCAGCCACCACUGAAUCAUUCAUCACCACCCACAAUGUAUUUUUAAAAAUAUAUAUUAUGUUGUACCCAAUGACAUACUGUAUGUAGGAAAAACGUAUUGUAUAUAAUUAUAGAUACCAUGUAAUUAUUUUAGUGUUCUUUAGCGUAAUAUUCUGUCCUGAGAGUGUACUCUUGGGUUUUCAUUGUAGAGUUGAUUUUGACCACCUCUGAAAUCAAGCCAAAUGCCAUUGAAUACACUAAAUCUCAUACUCUUUGAUUAAUAGGGCACAUGAAUGCUUUGCUUACAAAGAUUGACUGCUGUUUGUAACAAGAAAAAAUAAUGAAUGGCUGAUACUUAAAAAAAAUGAAAUGAAAAAAUCCCUUUCAAUACAUGUCUUGGUCAUAUGGCAAGCACUUUUCCUUCCAAGCAAACUAUUUCAAAUGCAGUUAUUCAAAUAUGAUUAUUUACAAUAUAUCCACUCUAAAUUAACGAUGUAUGGAUCUUGUCUUGCCUAAAUGAGCUGCACAUUGUACUCUUAAACUACAGGGGCCACCGUGGUCCCUAGUGCCAUAUCGAUAGUACUGUAGCAGCAGGCAUUCAGCUCAAGCUAAACAUAGAAAGGGCGCCCGCAGCACUUUACAAACACUAAAGUACGAACACUGACCCCAAUUGUUAUCAUGGUAAUUAUAUUGCUUUGGGUGAAGGGGACGAACAAUGCCUAAAUGUACGUUUUCAUGAAAUUUAAGAUAACUGGACUCUACGUGCGUAAAUCUAUCCAGAUAGAAAGUAAUCUCGGUUUCUGUGCCUCUUGUCCUGGAAAUGAGUAGUCUCGAAAACCCAAGCCUAGUCCACAAUCACUCAGUUGCCUAUGGUUGGGUUUUCGAGACUAGCAAAUGAGACCAUUCUUGAUGGUCCAAAUAUAGUGUAAUUAGGGUCAUUAGAUACGGGGUAGCUGAAUUUGAAUGACUGGAGUCGGUGUUUUCGGGGUGCCUUAUUAUGCAAACGCAUUUUAUGGGCCAGUGGGGUGCAAAUGGGUAGUUAGGGGCACGAACAAAACAGGGGGGUGGAGAAACAGAAUUAAAAUUCUAAGUGGCAGAAUGCCCCAUUGUCAGUGGGGGCAUACCCUUUAAACUACGCAGAUAAGCGGUCCUUUUCAGAUACACCGCACCACUGGACGGAGCUGGUACAACUAGUGGAGCUCUCCAACUACGGACCCACCACCAUGGCUUCUACCACAUGCUCUUGGAUUGCCAUUAUUUUCUUAUCUGUGACUACUAAUUUAACUGGAGUACAGUGUCGCGCCGUGCAGGAGUUACUGUCAAAGUCAUCCGCUUUUCAGGAUGGACCCAAUACUUCACCCACAGAUAUCUUGAGACGAUGGCGACGGGAGAACGAGGAGACGCAGCGGCAACAUUGCGCAUUGUUGUCAGCGCCUUGGAUGGAAACCAACGCGUACCCGAUGGAAUUAGCACAGCUUCAUCGUCUCCGGGUGGGUUCAAUGCCCCAAGGAGGUUUACGGCGCACAGUCUUUCCUGAGCAACCACUAUUCCGUUUUGUCAGACGGGUCUAUCAUUGCUGUCAGUUAGGUUUCCAUUGCAGAGGCGUCAAAGGGAUUCAGGGUCGUAUCAGUGGAGAUACAGACUUGGAGUUCCUUCUCAGUCAGGAUGUUCUGUCAGUGACAGUCAUGAGAGCUGAGAUUCAUCUAUAUGUAUUGAAUCCUCAACACCUGAACAUUGAGCCUGUUCUUCCAUACAUGGCAAAACGCAAGCUUCCCACACGAUACAGUUUUGGGUCAAAUGAGAACAUCCUGGAGCUUCGAGUGGAUCUGCUGUUCCUAUUCCAAGGUCUUCAGGAGGCAGCUGGUGAUGCCAGAGGGGAGCCAAGUCUGGUUGACAUGCGGAAAGUGGGGGAGCUUUCAAGCAGGGGUCCACGAGAAAGGCCAGGAGCUCCAUGGUCUCUGCAGGACACCAAUGCUGAUCUGUUGGGGGAGGGGGUGGGCCCCCUGCUGACCGCUAUGGAGCUGGGCUUGGCCCUGAAUUGUGACAGGGGGGGAGUGGAGGUGUCUUGUGAGCACAAUGGAGUCCACCAAUUACACGCUCCAUUCAUUGCUCUCUCGUACAGAUAAAGAUGACACAAACCAGGAUAGUAGACACUCACAUUUUACCUUGAGUUUCUCCAUAACCCCAUCUCCAUGUUGUCUCUAAUGUCCUCAAGUCUAUGAAGCUGCGUUUAUCUCUCGAAGGGCAACAUGUCAACUUUUAUUAUUGAUAUGUGAAGGCAGUGGAUGUGAUGUCUUCACUACAUAACUUUUGCAAUAACCCUUUGCAAAAAAAAAUAAAACAUUAUCUUUAAUGUUGUGAUGCAAAAUAAAACCAUUUUUGAUAUACAUAAUACCCCAACGUGUAUGGGGUUCUGUGCACUUCAGCAAAUGCUUGAAUAUAUUAACUUAUCAGUGUUGUGUUUUGAAAGAAAGAUAUCAAUUUGUAAAGAUGUAAAUAGUGUAUAUAAUCACAUAUGUUUAUUGGACAAUUGUUUUUGGUUUUCCUUUGUUGAAACUCAAUUUAUUAAAUUUGUGAAACUA